AUGACUGGCGGCGGCAAGUCUGGCGGCAAGGCCUCUGGCUCCAAGAACGCGCAAUCGCGUUCCUCCAAGGCUGGUCUCGCUUUCCCUGUCGGUCGUGUCCACCGCCUCCUCCGAAAGGGCAACUACGCUCAGCGUGUCGGUGCUGGUGCCCCUGUUUACCUCGCUGCCGUCCUCGAGUACCUCGCUGCCGAAAUCCUCGAGUUGGCUGGUAACGCUGCCCGCGACAACAAGAAGACCCGUAUCAUUCCCCGUCAUCUUCAGCUCGCCAUCCGAAACGAUGAGGAGUUGAACAAGCUUUUGGGUCACGUCACCAUCGCCCAGGGUGGUGUUCUCCCCAACAUUCACCAGAACCUUUUGCCCAAGAAGACUGGCAAGACUGGCAAGACCUCCAGCAUGGAGCUGUAA